AUGGCAUCCACAUGCAUGCAGAUCUUCGCCUUCAUCCUGGCGCUGUUGGGCAUCAUGGGGGCCAUGGUGGCCACACUGCUGCCCAAUUGGAAGGUGAGUGCCGACGUGGGCUCCAACAUCAUCACAGCCAUCUCCCAGAUGCAGGGGCUGUGGAUGGACUGCACCUGGUACAGCACCGGCAUGUUCAGCUGCACCUUGAAGUACUCGGUGCUGUCGCUGCCCGCCUACCUGCAGACUGCCCGCACCACCAUGGUGCUGUCCUGUGUGAUGGCUGCCAUGGGCCUGUGCCUGGCAUCCCUGGGGCUCAAAUGUACCCGCUGGGGGGGCGGCCGGCGCUCCAAGAGGCACGCGGCCAUCGCCAGCGGGGGCUGCUUCAUCGCCGCCGGCUUCCUGUGCCUGGUGCCCGCUUCCUGGUUCACCAACGAGGUCAUCACUAACUUCCUGGACCGCAGCGUGCACGAGAGCAAUAAGUUUGAGCCCGGGGGGGCCGUGUACGUGGCCUUCCUGUCGGCAGGCUUCCUCUUCGUGGGGGGGUCCAUCUUCUGCGUGUCUUGCUCGGGGAAGAGGCCCGGUCACCAGGACAUGAUCUUACUGCCCCCCCCCAACAAACUCAUACUGCAGCAGCAACAGCAGCUCCUACAGCAACAGCAGCAGGACCAGCACCAGUACUGCUCCCUCUCCCCACUAGACAAUAAGACAGGCUACAGCCUGCAGGACUAUGUGUAG